AUGGCGCUAUCGCCAAAGAGCAUUGACCCCGCGGCCAGCUGGGAGAGGGGCUUUAUCGCCGACUCACUUACUGAAGAGCAAGUCUCCGAGUUCAAGGAGGCCUUCUCCCUGUUCGACAAGGAUGGCGAUGGUCAGAUCACCACCAAGGAGCUUGGAACCGUCAUGCGCUCUCUCGGCCAGAACCCCUCCGAGUCUGAGCUUCAGGAUAUGAUCAACGAGGUCGACGCUGACAACAACGGCACCAUCGACUUCCCUGAGUUCCUUACCAUGAUGGCGCGCAAGAUGAAGGACACUGACUCCGAGGAGGAGAUCCGCGAGGCUUUCAAGGUGUUCGACCGUGACAACAACGGUUUCAUUUCCGCUGCCGAACUCCGACAUGUCAUGACCUCUAUUGGUGAGAAGCUCACCGAUGACGAGGUUGAUGAGAUGAUCCGGGAGGCUGACCAGGACGGUGAUGGCCGAAUCGACUACAACGAGUUCGUCCAGCUUAUGAUGCAAAAAUAA